AUGGAUAAUCUUUUUACAAUAAACAUAAAUCCAGACGAAAAUGUUCGCUUAAACACAAAUACAGAAAAGAAUCAGUUUGGGAAUUUCAGGGGGGAUAGGGAGGGCCUUACCGUGCCCCCCGAUGAGGAACCGAACAAAAACAAUGGAAGUAAAGGAAGCAACGGAAGCAACGGAAGCAACGGCAAUACGAACGACAACAAUAAUAACCACUACAGCGUAGAAGAAGAUGAAGUCAUAACCCUGGAAAUGGACCAAAUCAGCACAAGCGAUAGUUUCGAUAUGCUGGAAGAAUUAAACGAAAAUCAAAUUAACGAUUAUGAAAAUAUGAGGAAGAAAAUUCGAGUCCAUAUUUUGACCAGUUUUCAAAAGGAUAAUAUUUUAAUCGAGGGCCCAGAGCAGUUGGAACCAGAUUGUUUUAUGGAGCCUAAUUUGGAAGGGAAUGAAAACAUAUUAGUGAAAUUGAGGAAAGAUAAAAUUUAUCGCAUCGUUUCAUCUGCCUCUCAGGAGAGAAACAAACGGAGUAGGCCAAAUGAGGCCAACAACAGAUAUUACUAUGACCCAAAUGUGCUUGGCGAAGAUGCGCCGGGGGACUACGACAAUUUUGUGGAUGUCCUUUUGGGAAGGAAGGCGCCGCGGAGGGGGGCCAGCCCCCCAUCGAAGGGUGAAGGGAAUGCUACUGUCGAGGGGGGCGAGGAAGACGCUGCUGUUGAGGGGGGUGAAGAGAAUGCUACAAUCGAAGAGGGUGAAGAAAAUGCUACUGUCGAAGGGGGUGACGAAAACGCUACAAUCGAGGAGGGUGACGAAAACGCUGCUGCCGAAGUGGGUGAAGAAAAUGCUACUGUCGAGGAGGGUGAAGAAAUCGCUGCUGUCGAAGGAGGUGACGAAAACGAUGCAACCGCUGCGGAUGUAGAAAAUACGGGGACGGCCGAAAUAGAAGGAAAACCCAUGCAGGCGGAGGACAUCUCCCCAGUGGCCAUGGAAAACGCGGAAAGGUGCACACAAACGGGUGAAGAAAUUUGCACAGACGAUUCCAAGUCCAACCAAGUGGUAGACGAUUUUCGAGAAAAAAUAAAAAAUUGGCUAGUAAAAUUUCCAGACAUCAAUGCUGAAAAUUUAUUUUUCCAUUUUUACUUCCAAAGCGAAUUGUACAAAGAAAAAAAAUACACCUGUCAGAACUGCGGAUCUAGCGAUUGCGACAGAGAGUUGACCUUCAGACAUGUGUGUAAAAACACCUACUGCUUCCUCUGCUAUAAACGGGUGACUGGACCGAUUUGCCACAACACCAAGGCACAAUAUAUGGCAUUCAAAGCGAAUGCAGAGAAGCUUCUAAACGACUUAAAGUACAUUCAGCAUCCGUAUGGAAGCAUGCCCUGCUUAAAUUGUUUCUCUAAUGACCAUUUGAAAUGUGGAAGGCCUCCGUACAUUUACGCCAAGCACUCGCACAACGUUAGGAGGGAAUACAACAGCAAGUUGGAUCCUUCCUAUUAUGUCUACAUGAGAAAUCCAAGAAAUAUAUGGAUUUUACAUGAGCCCAAAAGCGGUGAACGGAGGGGCAACGAUGACGGUGAUAAUAAUGCCCUGCGAAAUGGGCACAACAGAUCCGGCCAGAGCAGCAGUAGUGGUGGGAACGGAGGUAACAACGGAGGUAACAACGGAGGUAACAACGGAGGUGGAUACGGACGUGGCUACGGAGGUGGCAAUGGGGGUGGAUACGGGCGCGGCUACGGACGUGGGGGCGAACACGGCAACCGACGCGACAACAGACGCGGGAGCGACACUAGCCAAGCCGCAGCAAACCAGGAGAGAGUCGGCGCUGCCCCACACAACCGCCACAAAGACGCAAGAAAUUUUAGUAGCAAUCACAACGUGUAUAUGGAAGAAGACGAUGAUGCGUAUGACAACAGCAAACGUAAGGUAAUCCUCACAAAGAACUCCUUUAACGAUAAUGCACAAAGGAACAAGCAGAAGAGGAAUUACGACGCGUACGAUUCAGCUAGCCAAAAUAAUUUCCACUCGAAUAAUAAAAGACACAAGAAUGAUGCCCACCAAAGCGGCAGCUACCAUGAUUACAAAAAUAAGCAACAGGUAGGCAAUGACCAGCAUGACAACAUAAGUGACUUCCACCCACACGGAGGGAAGCAUGGCAAUAGAAAUAGAGGCAGCGACCAGUUUAGCAGUAGGCAUCACAAUAAGAAUAGGAACACCCAUGACAGUGGCGUUGGCGAUUACUAUAAUAAUGAUGGCAGGGGUCAGGACAACAGAAACAGCGGCGGUAAUCAUCCAGGCGGUAAUCACCCAGGUGGUUACUAUAACAUGCAUAACGAGGCCAAUGACGGCGCCCAGGGAUACACAAACGGGCAAAUGAAUAGCGCCAGGUCAGGUCUGUACAAAUUCGCAAGCGCCACCAGUGGUCAUUUUAAUAACCCAAAAGGUAGUUCCUCCAUGAAGCAAAAUGCUAACUUCCAUGUGAAUAAAAAUAACUCGCACAAUAUGCACAACAGGCAUCAGAAUAAUAACCACUCUGAUGACAAUCCCAAACGCGGCCAGGGCAAAGGCAACCACGGAGGUUACAGCAGCCACAACAGUAAUGUAGCUCGCCAAAACAGUAAUGUAGCUCGCCAAAAUAGUAACGUAGCUCGCCAAAACAAUAAUGUAGCUCGCCACAAGCAGAAUAACCACAGUGGGAACGGACCCGCUAACAACAAAGGGGGGAACACCUUGUACAAAAACACGCAUAAGAACGUGCACCCGGAUAGAGGCGCCUACCACAACUACCGAUGAACGGGUCGUUAAUUUCUCCAUUAAAUGUUUAAAAAAAGGAAAAUGGAAAAAGGCAAAAGG